AUGCAAUACUUCAUAAUACUUACCACCAAAGGCCCUGCUGUCUUCCAAAGAACCAGCCAUGUCCAUGGAAGAGUUCUGUUCGCAGGCUCUGAGUAUGCUGUGCCCAUUGAAGAUACCCCCCUUGCCAAAGAUGAGGAUAAAUCUGCAGCCCAUCUGCAGUCGAUAGUCUGGUCUGCAGUGCAGGUGAUCCAAGCGCAAAGAUCGGGCAAAGCUCUUCCCAAGAAGAGAAAGCUGAUAAAAGUGCUUAAGAUGGAUGACACCACUUCGGGCAGCGGCAGAGUAACCACGAAAAACAAAACGAGCGUGAUGGGAAUCCUCCUGGGCACUGGAAUAGCCAAAAUGUUCAAGAGCUCUUUUGGAAAACAAAAAACAGCGGAAACAAACGAGUAUCUAGAGGGCGAAUUCUCCACAUGCGAUGAAAUAUUUAAAAAAGAAAAACCCAUUGAGCCCCUUAUUGCCUUUGAAGUGCCAGACAAGAGCGAGAUGUUCCAGUGCAAGUUCAGCAUAGUGUUGAACGACGACUCCGAGACUCUUCCUCUAAAGCCGCAAACACACCAAAAAACUCUGCUAGAGUCCACAGAAGCAGCAAACGCCAUUUUGAAAGAUGUGCAAAAGAAUUUCUACGUUGGAGAGUUUGCGUUUAUUCUGGGCCUGGCAAAGAGCAAAAUCUGCAUUGUGGAGGUAGGAAGGUGGCUUUUCUACAACGACUACACAGAAAUAUUCAGUAAUCUGCUGAGCAUCAUUGAAAUGCUUAUCUCUGUAUUCAUCAAUACAACGAUCAGAUCGGUCUCCAGCGAGUACAUAACUGAAGACAUAAACGAGUACAUGCCUGCGCUUAGAAUGCAAGACUAUUCGCAGAUAAUCUACAAAUCAGCCGCCAGAACUGAAGCCAUGCAGAGAAUAUUGGACAACAUGAAGGAGCUGAGUGAUAAAAAGCUUGUGAAUGCUGCGAUGGCUACAGCAUCUUCUUCCAUGCUGACCUACUUCGAAGAAGUAUCGCGUGUGAUCUACUCCCCAGAGUUUAUCAAAUACAUUGCGUCCGUGGAGGAGAACAUUUCAAAAUACAAAAAAAAGUGCAAGUCAGAAAUAGUCGCAGCAGAAAGAAUGUUUAGCUGUAAUCUGACCUUUUUAUUUGUUGAUGUGUACCACCGCAUUAUAAAGUACAGACUGUACAUCACCGAAGCCAUCACAGCGCUAAAAAAAGGAUCGUCAAUGAAAAACCCUGAUUUUUCUGGCACGAUGGGAAACAUAAGCACAUCAGAUGAGGUGGAAGGCCCUGCCACACCGUGCGACUUUUUUGCAAAAGAGAUAAGCUUUCUCAGUGACCACAACAUUCGGCUGACUGAGCUCCUGAAAGCCACUGAAAGAUUCAAAAAGAUCAAAUCGCUAAAAGACUCUGGAAUUAUCUUCCCGGACUGCAUUGAUGAUUUCAUUGAGACGUAUGAGCUGACUAACGGCAUAGUUAUCAUCACACGCGAUAACAUUGUUUUAGUCAACGGACAGCACGUAACUUCUGUUAUUUCAAAAAAAGAAAUUAUUGGAUGCAUUCCCGCCUCGCAGGACACAGACUACCCCACCACGCACAUAGACCUAGCUGUAACAUGCAUAUACCCCCCGAGCGCAAAUUUUGUAACCGAUGUGGUAAACCACGUUCGGGUGCACUGGAUUCGCCUAAACUUCAAAUGGGACGGAAAUCAGGGCAGAUUUAUUGAUGCGUGCCAGUGCAGAAAUGUGUCUACAAUUGCAGGGCUGGAAAUGAGGCUGCGUGACAACACUGUGGCAAUUGAAAAAUCCUUGAGAAAAAGAAUUGAAAAAGCUGAUGUAAAAAACAGCCACAAAAGAAUGCUGGCCAUCAGAGCACAGAGAGAAGUUGUGCCUACUGCUGAUCUCUACACGUUUGGACAGAAGAACAAAAUAAGCGAGUGCCUCCUUUUCAAAAUCAAGGAGUGGAUAGACUCUUCUCUAAGGGAGUACGCAGACUCUCUAUCUUCCAUCUCUGUGGUAGCUGAUCCCUCUGAUCUCUCUUUUGAAAGAAAACUUUUCAAGGAAGUUAGCGAAAUCAUCAAAUACCACAGCCCCAUGAGAAAAACGUACAAUACAGAAAAAAAUGAGUUUAGCUGUGUAAUGGCUGAUCCAUACACCUUGGGCGCGGGAGUGAAGGUAUUUGUAGAGUAUCUGUCGUAUGUCUACAGAAUGCUAUCUCCACAGGACGCCCUUACAUACUCUACCUCUGCAAUGAGUGCGCUAACAUCGGUCCACGAGAUAAGAAAUCCUGCGCUUUCUAAUGAUGAGUUCCUUGAGCUGGCCAUUGGAUGCUCCAGGUCUCUGGCUGUUCCUGACUCUCUGAACAAGAACGAGUUCCUCCUAUCGCUGCUCAUGGUUCGGUUCUUUACGAUUGCAGCGCCUGAUAUCGGACUAUCUAACUAUCUAGCCCUGCUGUCUCCACUCUUUUUGUUCAACUCCCAGGAUCUGGUAAAUUUGCCCAGAUGUGCAAGCGAGUGA